AUGGCAUCAUCACACUUUUUGGAAGGUUGUCCCUCCGAAGGCUCUAGCAUCUCUGCCACCUCCGAAGGCAUUUCCCAUAAACCAAGUGCUGAAGAAGAGAAGAAUCAUGAUGAGGUGACAACUAUGAAGGAGAAGGAUGUCAAAUCUGAACAAGAUCAGGCUUCCAAUUCCAAUUCCCACAUGGUGUUGGAUUUUGUUAAGCUAUCCAAGGAUUAUUCAAUUCGAGGGUCGAAAGUGGAAUUGGAUUUUUUCAAUCCAAUGAGCUUGGGGGGUUCAUCUUCUUCUAGGACUAACAACAAUGAAGGAAGAGAUGAGAACAACAAUGAAGAGAAAUCAUCUGAGGCUAAGACUUUUUCUUGCAAUUUUUGCAAGAAAGAGUUUUCUUCAUCACAAGCUUUGGGAGGACACCAAAAUGCUCACAAGCAAGAGCGUGCUCUUGCCAAGCGUCGCCAAGGGAUUGAUGCUGGUGCUUUUGGCAACCCUCAUUUUCUUUAUUACCCUUAUCAUCCCACACACUCCUUUUAUGGAUCAUAUAAUAGGGCACUUGGGGUUAGAAUGGAGUCUAUGAUCCACAAGCCUUCGUAUCCUUCACCCUCACUAGGUUUUAGGUUUGGUCAAGGGUGGUCAAGAUCACAAGAGAUGCUAAACCCUUCUCUUGAUAGAUUGAGGAUGGAGACUUUGCAUGCAAAUAGUGGAACUAGGAUCCUAGGGAGUGAUAAUACUAAUUUGAGGACACAAGAUGAUCGUGGUACUAUUGGGCACAACAUUCCAUUCCUUGGAGAAUCUUCUACAAAUGUUGUUACGAAAUCAAACUCAGCCCCAUUGAGUAACUUGGGUGGUGAUCAUCCCAAGCAAGAAGCACCCUCUAGUCCUGAUUCUUCUGAUGAGAUUGAUUUGUCACUUAAGCUUUAA